AUGGGUCUCUCGGCUAACGACUCUGCGGCGGGCAUCGAAGCCCAGAUGUCCGUUCUGUCAGAGAUGAACAGCUUUAUCCACUCCAACCCCGAAGUCUCCUCCAAAGAAGUCAAGGCGCACGACCACUUUGUCGAGGUCCUUAAAAGGCUCGACGUCAAGGUCACUCCUCACGCCUACGAUGUUUAUACGUCUUUCAAAGCCGAGUACGGCGAAGGCGGCCGGUUGGUCGUGUUCAACGCCGAGUACGAUGCGCUGCCGGGCGUCGGCCACGCCUGCGGCCACAAUCUGAUUGCGACGGCGUCGUUUGCGGGCUUCCUGGGCGCCGUGGCAGCCCUCAAGAAGGCCGGUCCCGGCACCAAGGGCCGCGUGACGCUGAUGGGCACGCCCGCCGAGGAGGCUGGCGGCGGUAAGAUCAAGCUGAUCAAGGGUGGCGCCUACAAGGACGUGGCGGCGUGUCUGAUGGUGCACCCGGCACCGUUGUCCAGCUUGCAGGCGGCAGCGGCCGAUGCCCUGGACGGCAACGAUGCGUCGGGUGUCUCUGGGGUGGCCAAAAUACGCUUGCUGGCGUGCAUCAAGUACGCAGUCUCCUUUAAGGGCCGCGAGGCACACGCGGCCAUGUCCCCCUGGGCUGGCGUCAACGCGCUCGACGCGGUGUGCCUGGCGUACAACGGCAUUUCCAUGCUGCGCCAGCAGAUCCACCCAAAUGAGCGCAUCCACGGCGUCUUCCGUGAGGCCGGCGACCAGGCCAACGUGACGCCCGCGCACACGUCCGUCGUCUACCACAUGCGCAGCGACACGCUGGCGCACGCCGAGACGCUGUGGCAGCGCGUCAAAAACUGCUUCGACGGCGCCGCGACGGCCACCGGCUGCACGGUCGACUACGAGCCCAUCGACACGUACGCGGAGCAGCGGUCGUCCCCCGGGCUGUGCCAAGCGUAUGUCGACGCGAUGCCCAAGGGCACGGUGCUGUACACGACGCCGACGGACUUUAUGACCGCCUCGACGGAUAUGGGCAACGUGUGCUACGAGUGUCCUGGCUUUCAGGGCGCAUUUGGCAUUGAUGCACCGCCGGGUGCCGGCAACCACACGGGCGACUUCACGGGUGCGGCGGGCACGGACGAUGCGUUCCAACGGGCAGUGGCCUGCGGUCGCGGUUUGGCGGCGACGGCGCUCAAAGUUCUUUCUGACGACAAGUUUGCUGCAUCGAUCAAGUCGGCGUGGCAAGACGACAUGAAAGCAGCUAAGAAAGAGCACCAGGGCUAA